CAGUUGGGGUAAAUGUUGGGGGGUAGAAGGGGUCUGAAAGAAAUAGUUGUUUUGUCGGGGCUUGGGAAUUGUAGUUUAGUGUUCCAACCGGAGCUGAAGUCUAAAUGGCCUGUUUGGAGGAAAUGGACUACAACGCCCAUACCCAGCUCUCCAGAUACUUUGUAAACUCUGUGCAAGUUGCGCGUCUGCACUGCUAUUUUAGGUAUGCAGCUAGUGCUAUCUGUUCGACAGUGUGUUGGUUUGCCUGGUUUUGGCCUUUAGAAAUAAAUGAAAAGCAUCGGCGUUUGGUGACAGCUUUUGAACGGGAAUGCACAGGCGACACUUGGCAACAAGAUUUUCAGCUGAAUUCCCACUUGACUACACUGGCCAGCAUCCAUAAGAUCCACCAUACCCUGCACAGACUGAACCUGACGGAAGACGUUGGACAGGACAGCCACCCCACAGCUUGUUGCUCUAGAGCCAUGCCUCCAAGGAAAAAGAGGAGACCCUCUGCUGGAGAUGACAUGUCAGCCAAGAAGAGUCGCCAGGACAGCGUUUUCAGAAAACAUGAAACAUCACAAAUUCGCGAGGAGGAGACAUUUUCUAGUAAAAGAUGCUUGGAGUGGUUCUAUGAAUAUGCAGGCUGUGACGAUGUGGUGGGUCCAGAGGGCAUGGAGAAGUUCUGUGAGGACAUCGGAGUGGAGCCAGAGAAUGUGGUGAUGCUGGUUCUUGCUUGGAAGCUGGAUGCCCAGAGCAUGGGAUAUUUCACUCUUCAGGAGUGGCUGAGAGGCAUGGGCUCACUGCAGUGCGACUCCACAGAGAGGCUGAGGAACUCGCUCGAUUACCUGAGAUCUGUCCUAAACGACGGCACCAGUUUUAAGCUCAUUUAUAGAUAUGCCUUUGAUUUUGCUCGGGAAAAAGAUCAGAGGAGUUUGGACUUAAACACGGCCAAGUGUAUGCUGGGGCUUCUUCUGGGAAAGACGUGGCCUCUGUUUCCUGUGUUUAAUCAGUUUCUAGAGCAAUCCAAGUACAAAGUCAUCAACAAAGACCAAUGGUGCAAUGUUUUAGAGUUCAGCAGGACAAUCAACCUGGACCUCAGUAACUACGACGAGGAUGGUGCCUGGCCUGUUUUGCUGGAUGAGUUCGUGGAAUGGUACAAGGAAAGACAGAUGUCAUAGCUGCAGAGCAAAAAGGAAAAUGGAAAAAAUACAACUGUGACAACAACGACAACAACAAGAAUCAACAACCAAUAAGUAAACAAUACAACAAUGGUAUAGCAGUGACAGUGGGUACUUCCUAGUAAAGGAGGGGUUCAGGCUGUGGGUGGGCGAGGGUGGGGGCGAUGGGUUUGCAGCCUGGGUGCAUGCUGCCCAGAGCGCGGUUGCGGAGGGCUGUCAUUGUGGAGUUAUGUUCCCUACCGAAGUUGCAUAGUGGGCAAUCUUGCGGCAAUCCCCAGCGGCAUUGCUCUCUCUCACUGUGACAUGUCAUAUUGCUGUCUGUGUUAGGAUAACAUGGUAUCAUACGAGGAUGAUGGAAGCAAAAUGGUGGUGUGUGGGAGAACCACUCCUCACCCCUUGUCUUCAGCACAGAGAAACCAACAGAAGUGACCAUUCAUGCAUUGUGUCUGAGUCUUAAACAGGGUCACUUUGACCUGGGCACAUUUAAAUACUAUAUAUCUGUGCAAUGAACUUGAACUUGAGCUUUUCUGGACAGAUGGCACUAACUAUUGUUGGUCAUAUUUUGAGUUUGAUACGAGUUCUUUAAGAAGCACACUGUGUCAAAUGGUUGAUCGCAGGUUUCUGGUGCCUGUGCUGUUUACUAUUGAUUUGUGCCAGUGAUUUUUUUUUCCCCUCCCUCCGUUUUUUUUUUUUUUUUUUGUUCCCUCCUGCUGUUUUGCUCCAGCUAAUGCUAACAGUUUGCUAACCCCCUGCAAAGGCUUCAGACCUCAUAACACCAAACAAAUCAGCAUUGCUGCUUACUAACUCUUAUUACAGAUCAGCAUUUAUUGGUCUGAUGACCAAUUUAUGUAUCUACGUUGUGUAGGUAAGAGUAUUAUUGUGCCUCAAACCAUGGAAGUCACUUUGUGUGUCCCACACACGUACCAACAAACCCAAAUGUAUAUACACGUGUGAGAACACAUACUACACAUACACAUGCUCAUGCACACACAGACACACUGAGUGGUCAGGGAUUAUAUCAGGAUGAAUUCAGACUGUUUGGGCUGUGUUAUGAGUUGACAUAGAUCUAGUUGGUGUCCAUUUUGUCUUGAUAUGUGGCAUCUGUUUUGUCUUCCUUAGUCCACUGAUAGUUUCAGGUCUCCUCUUACUAGUAGCAUCUCUCCCAACACUGACAGUGUUAAUAUAACUACAGUGGAAGACCAGUGACCCUCUCAGGACGAGGUCCUUUAGGCUUGAGUAGUGAGGUAGGUUUGCUGAAAGCAUUGCUUUGUACCACCCGUAGGAUCUAAUCAAAACAAUGGACACUGACAGUUUGAACCUGUGUGAUGAUGCUCUGCUCUUUUUUCGCCUAGUAUAAUGUUCUUGUAACACAUGUAUAAAUUUUUGUCUUUGGCUGUGGUGUGAUGCUGAACUGUCAGAAGAUUUAAUAUUUGCAUGCACGCUCCAACAGAGCCUUUUGUGAAUGGAUGAGAUUUUUUGAAAAAACAUUUUUCAAAUGCGUUUUUGUUUUGUACAGGAAUUUGUGCAAGUGUUUUGUGCUUAAUUUGAUAUUCACGAUCAUGUUAUCUUAAUUCUGAUGAGCAACAUGAUCAUGUAUAUUAAGACCUGGAACACACCUGUAACCUCAAGGUGGAACAGGAGUUCCCCUCCUGCAUUUGCCCCAUCUUACACAUCCUCACACAUGCGGUUAAAGCUAAAGCUGCAGCCAGUACACAGGAUCUCAUUUAUUUAUUCAAAGUGCAUAACUUGUUUUGCGACUUUUGCACCACAUUGUCACAAUACACAUUUAAUACGCUUUGAAAUCUGUUGUGAAGAUUAUAUCCAUCAGUUCCCACGUCACUGAAAUCCACUGCAGCUGAAACUCUAUGAAAGCCUCUGUUGUCAUCACAACGCAUCAACUGUCAGCCUAAAAUCUAAGAUCAGGGUAGUUGUUGGAUUGCUUACCAAAUACUCUGUAGAGAUCAGUAUUUCGAUUUUUCUCCCGUCACAAUGCAGGAGGAGGAACAGCCUUGUCCCAACUGUAUAUAUGUAUGUAAACUAUGUAAGUGUCUAUAUGUCUGUUUUCACUAUAACCUAUGUCUAUAUACAUAAAUAAAAUGGUUUAUUAAC